CUCUCCGACCAACACAGGGAGAACACCUCGCCAAUCCAGCUCUGAGGUUGUUUCUGGUCGCAUGGUGUGCUGAAUUUUUCAAUCCUACUCUAAUCUGUACUUUACUACGACUACAUCCCCCUAGGACGGCGGCGGCUCAGCUCUGCCUGCUCCGAAUAAUUUUCUCCAGCUACCCGUCCGUUGUCGCUAUCAGAGCUACCAGAUCAUCAUCAUGUACAAUCCCUACCAAGCUCCGGGCCUUUAUGGCAGAGCCCCUGAUUAUGGUGCCUAUCCAGGAGCGCCACCAGGCAUGGCACCUCCUCCAGGAAUGGCAGCCCCAGGGACAGCCCCUCCCCCAGGGAUGCAACAAGCGAACGCCCAGCAACCCGGCCGACCUGCGGGCUUCCCCGCCAGCUUCCAACCGCCUCCGAAUAUGCCUAACAUCAAUUUCUCUGCUCCCGUCAUUCGAUUGGGGACUUCAGGUCCUGCAAAGCCAGCCGCGCCAGAAGCCGGGAGGGAACGUGGCGGUGACGCGCCGGGAAGACGUGCGGGCUUGGGCUCUACGGGUAUGGAGUCUCAGCGCCAGAAUGUCCGUGAUGCGAUGAUGCAACUUCAGCCGCCUACAAAGGAAGAUAUUGUGAGGACUAUUUUCAUAGGUGGCAUCACCGAGGGUACCGGAGGCGAUGAAGGCGUGGAGAGGAUAUUGCGAUCCGCAGGGAAUCUGAGACGCUGGAUUCGCGCUACGGAUGCGGAUGAAAAGCCAUGUAAAUUUGGUUUCGCAGAGUACGAGGACCCUGAAAGCCUAGGUACUGCGGUGGAAGUGCUAAAGGACGUGCAAGUGCCUGUAAAGAGACAGAUGCCGUCUGAGGGCGCUGACAAGGAAGAAAGCGAGGUGGAGAAGAGCACGCUACUGGUGGUCGUUGAUGAAAGCUCUUUGACAUAUCUGGAGCAAUACGAAGCCAGCAGAGGUGACCAAGACCCAGCGGAGCGCCAAGCUCUGCUAGAUUCUGCGCGUAGCACUCUCGCCAGUGUUUUAUCUGAUCUAUGCCACCCUACAUCUCCAACCCAGAAAGAAGAUGUUUCUGCUAUUGAUCGCGAGGGGGAUACCGCAAUGAGGGACGCUGAGGGUCAGAAUGAUGGAACUCCGGCUGAAGUGGUUACCAUUCCCAUCACAAUUGAAGAUGAACUAUCGGAUAUCCCCCCUGAGCAGCGUGAAAUCGUUGCAAAGGAGAUCGCCGCCUUCAGAGAACGGAGCAACCGCAGGGAUAUUGAGCGCCUCAAGAGGGAAGAGGAAAUCGAAUCCAUGGAAAGAGCAAGAAAUGCAGGCUUCCGCGCCAACAGACUUGCUUCCCCCCCACUAUCGGCUCCUAGCGGCCCUGCUGCUGGUGCUAAUGGUGUACCUAUCGGACCUCGUGACCGUGGCAUGCCAAAUGCUCCUUCUGGACCAAAGGGAUUCGGGGUGCAGAUUCCGAAGGACUACCAGAAGGGUGUAUCUUUUGUGAACGGAGGUGCUGUCAAUGGUGCCACAACAGUGUACUUUGAUCGGGAAGAUGAAGAGUCGGAGGCAAGCGACGAUGAGCUGGAGCGUCGACGUCAAGAGAAGAGAGAUGCAGAGCUGGAAAAGCAGUCUCUUGACCAAGAAAGACGCUGGUUGAAUCGUGAACGAAGCAGAACGGCAGCCUUGGAGCGCGAGAAGAAACGAGACAAGGAAGAGGAAGAUAGAGCCCAGGAAGCGCGCGACGAUAUGGAUAGACACUUCCGGGAGUGGAACGAUGAUACCGAGGCUAGCCGAAAGGUUGUGGACUAUUACGCUGACCGUGGCGCGUGGCUCCGAAGCCGUGCAGCCUUCCGUUCACGCGAAAUCAGCAUGGACGAGGCAGACCGCGCGGCCGAAGAAAAAGAAAAAGCGAAGUCUGUCCAGCAACGGGAGCAGGCACGUGGAAUGGCCGACGACUUCCUUGCCCGCCAGGCAGAGGAGCUGGAGGCCCGGAACCAAGCACCCAGGGAGCCCCAGCGUUUCAAACUCUCCCUUGGAGCUGCGGCACAGAAAGCACAAGCUGCAACCACCCGCCGAACCGUGGCCGAGGUGGAAGGGUUGUUGGAAGACGAGGAGGAGCCCGAAGCAACCGCGAGACGACCUCUCAUCCCGAUCAAGUUCGACAGUGCUGCCGAAGCUGCCGGGCUCACCGAAGAAGAGCGAGCGCAAGCGGUGCGACAGUUGGCAGCGGAUAUUCCCUCCGACAAGGAAGGAUUGUGGAAAUGGGAAGUCAAGUGGGAAUUUGUGGACGAAACCGUGCUCAGCGAUCAACUCAAACCCUUUGUGGAGAAGAAGAUUGUGGAGUAUUUGGGAGUCCAGGAGCAGAUGUUGGUGGAUGUGGUGGAAGAGCAUGUUCGAAAGCAUGGGUCUCCUCAGGAACUGGUAGAGCAAUUAGAGGAGGCUCUCGACGAAGAAGCAGAGGUGCUGGUCCGGAAGUUGUGGCGGAUGAUCAUCUUCUUCUCGGAAAGCGAGAAGAGAGGUCUUUCGGCAUAGACAUCUUGUGGAGGAGCAGAGUAUCUGGGACCAAAACGAUAUUGGACGGUUUUCGACUACCCAUCUGUCUUUGUAUGAAAACAGACGAUGAUUUUGAUAUCCGCUUCUCUAGGAGCAAAUGCAUAUUACUACCAUCCACUAUGAUGGAUGGGAUAGUUUUAUAAUAGUGCUCUUUGCAUGGCGUAAUCCUCUCUUAUGGUAUCCUUACACGGCGUCUCUAUAAAUCGAGGUUACUAAGUCACCUUGUGCAUAUCUAUGUUACUCUAUAGUCGCAUCUAUAGCCAUAUCGCA